AUGGCCCCAAGUGAGAGCAAGAAGGUUCAUGUGGAGAAAGUGCCUUAUCGAGGAGUGAGGAGAAGACAAUGGGGGAAGUAUGUGGCUGAGAUUAGAGACCCCUUCAAGAAAAAGUGUGUGUGGCUCGGAACCUUUAACUCUGCCAUAGAUGCUGCCAAAGCAUACGAUGUUGCCGCCAUUCAGAUUCGUGGACCUGACAAGGCCAAAACAAACUUCCCAAUCCCUCCCUCGCACCUUCUCACCUGCUCAACAACUCAUCACCAAACCCACUCUAAACAAACACUUAUACUUGAUUUGGAUCUUAACCAAUAUCCUGCCCAAGAAAUUCCUUGA